AGGACUGGGAGAAUUCGACAUUUUCCAUCAUUUUUACUGCCGUACCUACACUUCUUUCAUUUUACUCCUAUUUUUCAAAAUUGCUUUCAGAUUUUAUUUUUUUCCCUCUUUCUCUUCGAGUUUCUCAAGUUUCAGAAAAGAGAAAGCAGAUCUGGUUGUGUCCAGUAUUGUAUCAGAGACAAGGUGCGUCUGAAAGAAGUUGUACAGACAAAAUGGAGAAGAUGACAGAGAAGAUCUACAUUGGAGGAGAAGUCACCUGGAAGUACUAGAUGUGACAGACAUGAAAGGUCUAUCCAUUUUUCUUCUUGCCUGGUUGAUGGUUCUUGUUCAGUCUCACAUUCUGUUUGAGGAGAAGUCAGAUAAAACCAACAGUGGAAGCCCUGCCCGUUUUCCUGAUCUUCUUCCUCCCAUUUCCAUAGUAGAUUUGACAAAGACAUCAAAAAGAGUAAGCAGAAUCGAUGCUGAAAAGAAUAAACUGGCUAAGAGAAAACUCAUACCUAAAAAGAAAGUGCAUCCUCCACCACCACCAAACUGUGUGCCUCUUCAAUCCAGCUGUAAACCUCCUGUGCCACCUUGCUGUCAGCCAUGUGCCAUAUGUCACUGCCACCUCUUCCAGACCGUCUGCUUCUACAAGAUGGGCAAUCCAAAUUGCUAAAAUAUAACGUUAAAGGACACAAAGAUUAUCGUGUGUGUUUCUCCUGGCUAAAAUGGGCAUGAUGAAUAUUUUAACAUGAAAACCAGCAGUGCUCUAAACUCACUUGAGUAUUUUACACAGAAACACUUGUAUUCACUAUUUAUUUCACAUAAUUUCACAAAGUAAUUUUGCAAAACAAUUUUUAUAGUAAAAUGCAUUAACAUUUUUCGAUUUUGUAAUGGCUUAGUGAAAUAGGACAGUGCUCUUUAUCAGAAUGUUGUACUGUGUUCUAAGGUUUUAUUAACAGGCCUAAUCUUUUAACAUUUGUAAAAAAAAAAUGAGUUCAUCAAUGUAUUCACUUGCAGCAUCUACCUUUAUAAAUAUGUUUAUUAAUAUUUAGUCUAAACCCCAAUUACUAUAUUUUUUUAAUUGUUAGAUAUAAAAUGUACUUAUGUUUAAAAGAAGGAUCAUAGA